AUGUCCACCGACACUCCCCAGUCCGGGCCGGGUCAGCGCACGGCUCAGGAUCUGGUGAAGGAGAUUGCGAAAGAGCGCGGGUAUCUUGGCGAAGAGCAGCUUGCGCGGAUUGGAGAGAUCAACCCUGAGCUUAGGCGCGAGGUGGAAGAAGCUCUUCUUCGGAAGGAUGAGAUGAUAGGCUCGGCUGUCUUGACGCUAGCACGAAACCUUUACACCAGUAAUGCCCGAUUUGUCUUUGAGUUGCUCCAGAAUGCAGACGACAAUAACUACAGCAAUGCUCUCUCUACAGGGCAAAAUCCAUAUGUGUCUUUUGAAGUUCGGCCAGAUAAGGUGUCGAUUGAGUGCAACGAGAAUGGCUUCACACAUGAGAACCUCAAGGCUAUUUGCGCAAUCGGCAAGAGCUCCAAAGUCGGGGCAGCAGGGUACAUUGGUGAGAAGGGCAUUGGCUUCAAGUCUGUGUUCAUGGCAGCUUGGAAGGUUCACAUCCAGUCAAACGACUUUUCGUUCUCGUUUACGCAUCGCAAGGGGGACUCCGGCCUCGGCAUGGUUACACCUGUAUGGGAAGAUGCAGAUGAGUCACUGAGAGGCUCUUCGACUCGCAUUACGUUGUUUCUGCAUACGAGAGAUGAUCCUGAAGAGGACGGGAGGCAGCGCGAGACGAUCCGACUUCAGUUCCAAGACUUGCAGCAUACGAUUUUACUUUUCCUUCGCAAAUUACGAAAGGUGCAGGUCUCAUUCUUUGAUGAGGAUGACACUCGGACAUCGAGUACGACAUACUCUCUUCAGGGGAGUAACCCAGUUACAGUGAAGAAGGAGACUUUUGAGGGUGUGGAGGAGAGGCAGUAUCAUGUUACGAAGCAUGUUGCGAAGGAUAUUCCAAAGAGCGAGAACAGAACAUACUCCGAUGAGCAGGAUCGCGCCGACUCGUCUACGGAGGUUGUGCUGGCAUUCCCGUUAUCGGAGUCAGGCACUCCAAUCGUCGAGAACCAAGAUGUCUUCGCGUUUCUCCCAAUGCGGCCGAUGGGGUUCAAGUUCCUCAUACAUACUGAUUUCGUCACCGAAGCCAGUCGGCAAGGCAUAGUUACUGGGUCCCUCCGAAACCUCGGUCUCUUGAGUGGCAUCUCAGACUGUUUCAUCAAAGCCAUCGAGGAGUUCUGUCAGCACCCGAUACUCCAAUACCAAUGGAUGCGUUGGCUACCCCAAAGAGACUCUUAUCCUUGGGACAGCUUCUGGUCAGGUCUCCUCGACAGGAUAGAAGUGCGCAUACAAGAAGUUAGAGUGCUUCGGACGCUUGGCACUGGGAGGUUGGAUUACAUUCACAAGCUUUGCCGUCUUCAGCCGUGGUUGCGAGAUAAGAACGGUGAUCCCCUUUUCACUGAUCUUGACGAGGAGAUUUAUCUUGCGAAGGAGUAUUCUCGUGAUGAUCUGAAGCUGUUGGAGCCGUAUGGGCUGCAAAGUAUGUCGCCUUCGGAUGCCAUCACUCGUGUUGAGAAGGACCUCGAAAAGAACACCGAAGAUUCAAGGAUGAAGAGUCCCGCUACGGAUAACGAAUGGCACUCACUUGCAGCACGAGCGCUCAUCUUGUUGAAGAACACCGCGACAGUAGGUCCCGCCCAGGACCGCCUCAAGCAACUUCGAUUCAUUCCCCUCGAGAAUGGGACCUGGGUUUCUUCAAGCAGAGGGCCACUUUACUAUUCGCAUGCAUCGGGCAGCCUCGCAAUCCCCGAUGACCUCGAUUUGAGCCUGGUCGACUCGGAAGCAGCCAGCAACCCUGAUCGGCGUGCUUUGUUUGACAAGUUUGGCGUCAUUGAAGCUCUUGUGAAGGAUGUGCGAGCAUUAAUCCUAGAGAAGCCAAUCAAGAAGGUUGCUGAUGAGAUCGCACUCGCAGCAUCCAUCGCCCACCUGAAGUUCUUGUACCUUUCCGAGGUACUACUCGAGGAGAACGAGGAUCAAGCGAAGUUACGUGGCUAUCAUAUUUAUGACCAGAACAUGAGAGCACGGCUACCAACUAAAAACAAUGUUUAUCUCACAACAGACGACGAGUAUGGCCCCAGUGAAUUAUUCAAACCUCAAGGAGAUGCACCGGGCUUUGCAGCGCCUUUCCUCCAUCACGACUACGUCCAGGAAAAGCCAACUACACCAGCAGGUUACUCGUGGGGAUGGGAUGAAUGGCUCCAGUUACGCCUCAAACUUCUACGACAACUUCGGCUUACCCAGAAAGGCCCAGACCGGAAAUUAGACCUAUCUUCCGCCUUUCGCUAUAUCGAGCAGCACCGACCAGAAUGUAUCUUGGGGGCGCUCCAGCGAGUCUGGGAUGUUGAGAGAACAAAGGUCAUGGCAUCUGCUGAUAUCAGAAAAGAGUUACGUCAAGUCGCGGUCGUGUGCAAAGGAGGAGAUGAGUUUUCUCUGCCCGAGCCACUGUCAACUACUUACCUACCUCUGCCCGAGCUUGAAGGGAAGCAUUCGCGCUACGCCGAGGAUGAAGGUUUUGUGUUCCUGGAUUUGGGUGAAUCGAUCACUUCGAGCACGUAUCGUGCGAAAUGGGGUUUCUUAGUAGAUGAUCUUGGGGUUGGGUGUACUGAUGACCUUCAGUUCUACCUGGCUAUUCUGAGAACUAUCCGCUACGGUAAUGCUGCUGCUGGAGUACGUCGGAAUACCAGAGUGUUAGAUCUCUACGAAGUCAUUCAUGCCCGCUGUCGGGAAGCUGAUAGCUUCCUCGACGCACAGGCGGAAGCAAGGCAAGCAAUCAAUGACGGAAACCUCAUAUACGUACCCGCACACGAUUCGAGCCCAGCGACAUGGACAUCAUCCGAAAAAUGUUUGUGGAACGCCCGAGAAGACAUGCAGACGGCAUACCCUCUCGCCCAUCUCUACCGAACCGUUUUUCAUCGAUCAGAGGAGGAUCUCGAUGUCUUGCGACAAUUCUUCAAAACAGCACUCGGAGUCAAAGACUGUUCGUGGCAAGAUUAUCUGAAUGAGAUACGGAGAUUGAAGGACUUGAAGAGUGAGGACUUUGACAGGGUUAAUGACCUGUACACUUCAUUGGACUCCGAGAGGUUUUGCAUGAUGGAGGUUGAUGCUACAAAGCUUAAGAAAACUUUCGCUCAAGAGCCAUUGAUCUACUUCAAUGUCGGCAACGUAAGCCGCUGGUACACAGUUGACGAAUGCCUGUGGUCGAGUGCUACACAAAUCCGAGGCAGAGUAGCACUCAAUGACCUAUACCCCGAUCUGGAAGAUUUCUUCGUCAGUUUCCUUUGUGUACAAGAGCUCACGCUAGACAUGGCCUACGACGAACUCAAGGAGAUGGGUAGUAGAGUGCCACCGCCAUCAAUCGCUGCUGUCAAGGAAACCAUCUGGGCGCUCAAUUCUCUACUUGGCACGACAGCUGAUCCACCAGAUAAAGAACCUAUCUUUCGAGGAACAGUCUUUCCUGUGAGGUACCCAAACAAGUCAGUGAAAUUGCAGUCUGGCAGGACACAAUUCGCUAUUGCCGACCGAAAGGCUCUGGGUGAUAUCUUCGCUCCUCAAGCCAAGAUGCUUGACUUUACUUUGGAUGAAGUUCGUCGUUUACGGCCAUUUCUUUCAUGGCUCGACCUCGAGUCUCGAUAUUUGUCUACUUCUGUGCGGGAGAUCUCUACUGUGGCGGGUGGACGAAUGGACGAGCUGCAGUACCCGGACAGGGCGAUCAGACGGAAGGCAGCUGGACUGUUCCGAAUCGCGGUGCAUUUCAACAGUCCUCGGACCUCAGAAGACAGCUCAGAUCUUUACUGGACCCUCAUGUGUGCAGAGGUCUACGAAACGGAUGGCAUCUCCUCUGAACUCCAUUUGUCACAGGAUGGCCAUGGUCUGGUGCAUGUACAAGAUAGGAGUGAACUUCACAUACGAGAAGACGACAGCGGCCUCAAGAUUUACGUACCACGUGAUCCCAAAACACAAGGAUUCUGCUACUUUUCGACUCUUCCAAGACGUUUCCUGGAAUGGAUGAUGACAGACCCUGCUACUCUCCAAGUCAAGCAUGCUGGCUCCAAAGCCGUCCAGAUCGUGAGUGCAGUCUUGAAUGCACCUCUCAUCAACAUGACGCAGAUUCUGGAGGCGGAGGGUGUUGUCGAGGUGGACAUUCCUCAAGGCUGGUGUCGCCAAGCGACCGAGGAGGAGGUUGGAGGAGAGCAUUCCGAUGUCAAAGACGGGGAAGUAUAUGAUGCGACUGUUUAUCAUGAAGCGCUGGAGGUACACGAUGAGACUGUUUCUCACGAAGCGGAUGAAGACCCCAUUGCUCGAUUUCUGGCACAGCCAGAGAUUCAUGAAGACGAUAUUUCAAGCGACGAAGACUCUAUGCUUCAAACAUUCGACAAUCUGAGAUCUCCCCCGAGACUAUCUGACCUCCCUGUUCGGCAGCGAAGUCCAGCGACUUCAAACUCUUCAGUCACUGGGAGACGACUGUUCACCCCAACUUCGUCCACGGCUGAAUACUUCCGCCAAAAUAGGCGAACAUCAUCAAAUGUUCAUCGGAACACAGGCAGACAUGAGUCUUUACAAUCGACUCCAAGGUCAGCAAGUCAGCCAGCAUUUAUCUUUGGCUCUUCCCCUACGGCACAGCCCAGUUCAGCGUUUCUGUUUCAGAGUUUUGGCGAAGCAUCACAACAUCCUACCAUCGAAAAUGAAGAAGAAUACCUGAGGCUGGUCAACAAUGUCAUUUCUGCGGCAAACACUUCGGCACUACCCAGUAAAGGUGCUUAUGAUAUGUCGGGACUCUUUGGUGCGUUGCCAGAAGUGGAUGAAGAAGAUGUUGAGCUAUCGCGACAGUUCCGAUCGCAUGGUCUUCCUGAACGAGACAUGCGAAUUGGAGCUCUCGGUGAACUAUUCGUCUUUGAACUUCUUCGCAAUAUGGAUCCCCCACUACCUCGCUUCAGCCGCGACAACUGGCAAAGCCAAAUGAGAAAGUUCAUCACCAUCCAUCCCGACUACUCAGACAUGCUCCCGUGGACCGCCCAAGAGACCGCCGAUAUUGUAUACUAUGACAGAAAGCGGGUAUUGACGAAUCACCUGGCGGACAAAGGGUAUCUCGACAAAACAGCCUGGCAGAACAAAAAGCCAUUGUUCUUGAUUGAGGUCAAGUCUACGACGGGACAUAGCCGAACACCGUUUUAUAUGAGUAAGCGGCAGUAUCAAAGGUUUUCGUUCAGUGCUUUUUUUUUAAGGAGUUAA